CUCCUGCCUCCAUGUCUUCUCGCUGCAGAUGCCCCUUGUGCCUCUCCUGGCAAAGCCCCAAGGAGCUGUGGCUGCAGUGGGAUGUGCUGGCAGUGGGGAGGCUUGGCUGCAUGCCUGGCCCCAGCCUGGACCGCACAGCCGCUCUCUCCUGCUCCAUGGCACCUCACCCGGGGGUCCCGCAACACCCAGGGAACUGGAAAGGUCUCUGUGUGGUCUAGGACAUCCCAGUCUUUCUCAUGGGCUCUGGAGUAGUGGCAGGAAACCUGGGCUGAGCUGGGGACAGCCCGAUAGGAUGAGUGGUUGUGAGUCUUUGCAUCCUGCCCCAAUGAAGAUGUUGUUUUAUAGCUACAGAAAGUGGGUUUCAAAUACAGAAAUUUGGAUGCAAGUCCCCAAAAGAUCCCCGUGCCAUGCUGGAAGUGCUAGUUGUCCCCUGCAGAGACCUGGUGCUGACGACAUCAGGAGAGGCAGGGGCACAUCAGCUCCUCUGCAGAAGCUCUCCAGCUCCUAUCCCAAGUGAAGAGUUCACUGGCUGAGUUUGCUCAGCCUGUCUCAGUGCAUGCAAGCACAGACAAGAAGGUUGAGGCUUUGAGCAAGAGGCAGUGGCAAGAAGAUGGAAAUAAUGUAUUUUGACUUCACCCCAGGGGCCGCCUGCUUGUCUCUGGGGAUGGCGGCAGUCAACCAGUCCAAAGUGCUGCCAGGCGUGGCACGGGAGAUGCUGAUAGGAUCCCCCUCCUCUGCUGUGCACCCACCCCGCUCUGUGUCCCCCCCAGCACCCACAGCAUUCCCUGCACGGGUGCUGAGCCCAAGGAAGUGCUUUGCUGUUCCUGGAGCUGGCAAUAAGGAAGCAUUCUCGGGGGGACCUUGCUGUCCCUGUAAAGCAGCAGGGAUGGGACCGAUGCCACAGGAUCUGGUACUGGGUUUCUGGGCCCAGACCACUACACCGAGCAGGGUGCUUGGCUGCCAGGGGAGCUCCCCAGCUCCUCCAGGCCGCUGAUUUGGGGAAGCUCCUUCGUUCCUGGGCCUGCCCUGAGCAUCCUUGGGAGCAGCCCGGAGUUGUUGGAGAGCAGGAGAGGGCACCCAGGCACCUGGGGGUUGCUGUGGGGCGAUGUGCCUGGUGACUGUGGCGGUAACUGCGCCUUUGUGCCUAGGGAAAAAAAAAAAAAAAAAGAAUAGAGGAAAAUAAAUGUAGUUUUGCUUUCCAGCAAGUGGAAAGUGAUACAACCUCUUCCCAUGGGGCAUUUCACUCCAGCUUUCUCAAACCCUGGAAUUUCUGCAGGGUGGAUGCCUGCAAACCACUCUGCCCAAGGCCUGUCAACUCAUGGCACCUACCAUCCCCUUCUGGUGUCUCAGAGGGCUGGUAGGACCUGGGAACACUGUGUGAGGCCAGAAGGGAGGGCUGGGUGUUAUCUUUUGAGGGUGCUUUUUUUUUUGGUUUUCAAUCUCUUUCAGUUGUGUUUCCCUCCCUGCUCUGCCAAGGCGUUUCCAUGCAGGCAUGAGAGGCUGGGAGAGCCAUGGCACGGGCAGGACGGCCACUCCAGGGGAUUCGAUGGGCUGGACUUUGUGGCAUUGGCCUCCUGCCCUUUUUCUGCAAUAGCCAUGAGUGAGAAGCCAAAAUAUAGUAUCGGUCAAAGGCAUGGUGAGUUUUAGCCAGUCUCAGACCUCACAGAGCUUAGUGACACCCUAGUGCUGUGAGCUGCCUCUCUGACUUCUUGAUACCAAAAAAGCUUGGACAGCAUUUCUUUGGUGGCCUGAAGGAUGUUUUACUCAUAGCCUUGGCUUGCGAAGUACAGAAGCAGAGCUCUGCACUGGGGAAGGUCACAGCCGUUCAGCAGCACCAGCAACGACUUGCCGGGCACUGGGAGCACGUCCUGCAAGGCUUGCCUGGCUGCUGGGAAAACAUCUGGCCAGGUCUUCCCGAGGUGCGCAGCUUGCUGCUGCCAUAUGGCAGCUGUGAAGCAAUAGCUUGGCUAUGAGAUGUGCUAAUGCACAAAAAUACUCUCUGGGAGCCUGCUUCAGCAGCGAGCCUGUGGCGAGCUGCUCUGAGCAGGAAGCAGUAACCACAAAGCUAUAUAUACAGCUCCUGGCAGAGCUGCUGCUGCUUUUGAUGUGACAAAAUUAAGGUGGUGUUUUGCAAAGAAAUCCAGCACAUCGCCUUCUUCAGGAGCCGAGGCUGACACUGAGAGGGCAGACCCUGGGGCCUGGACGCUGGGCGGGCUCCUGGGCCAAACCAGGGGAGCUGGCAAGGGGAGACAGGCAAGGAGCUCUCGUCACCUCUGAAAGCCGUGUGCUGCUGGAGGCAGCCUCCUCCAUGAACCAUGGGGAGCCGUGCACGUGUCUGGGGUGUCACGGCUUGUGCUCUGCCUGCCUGGCUUUUGCUGGCCCUUGAGUGGGUUUAGAUGGUACCAUGGCAAAAUGCAAGUGUCUGGGGAUGAACGUGAGGGUCUGGGCAUGAUGAAAGCAUCCUUAAAACUACAGAGACAGUAGCUGUCACCCACAGGUGAUGCAGCCCAGCCCCAAAGGCCACUUGUCCCCUAAAGGACACGCAGCCCCUUGCCUCCUGAAAUGAGCCUCCACAUUCCACCCUGCCCCUUCGCUGCCUGCACCCCGCUCCUGCCAGCGUCCCUGCACAGCCAGGCUGGGCUCGCUGUGGGUGCAGGGUGGGCAUGCAGCUGCAGUCCCUCUCCCCCUUGCCCUGGGCAGGCAAAGCCCUGCCUUGCCUCUCCCGCGCUGUUUUGCAGAACGGGACUGAUUACGGCUUCCUCGUGAGCCAGAACACAAAGCUCCUGAGCGCGCUGGAGGACCUGCGGCACCGCUGCUCCAGCCUGGCCGAGGAGAACAGCUUGCUGCGCAGGAGCUGCUUCCCCCAGACAGAGGAGAAGGUGAAGCACCUGAAGAGGAAGAACGCGGAGCUGGCAGUGAUCGCCAAGCGCCUGGAGGAGAGAGCCCGGAAACUCCAGGAGGCAAACCUCAAAGUCGUAACCGCUCCAGUGCCUCUGAAGGGCUCCAGCCUGGAGCUGUGUAAAAAAGCAUUUGCCCGCCAGCGUGCCAAGGAGCUGACAGAGCAAGCCAGUGCUCUCCUGGCGAAAGACAAGCAGAUCGAAGCUCUGCAGCAGGAGUGCCGGGAGCUGCAGGCUAAACUCAUCGCAGGGAAGGAUGACCCUCGCUGCCUGAACGUCAUCGAGUUUGAUCGCCUGUUGCGGGAAUCCCAGAGAGAGGUGUUACGGCUGCAGAGACAGAUCGCGCUGAAGAAUUUCAAGGAGUGUCUGCGUUCCUCUAAAAUCAGUUCAGGCGGCUCUUUGCCAAGCACUGUUGCACGCCUGGGACCACCCGUCCCAACACUAAAUACCUGCCUCAAAGGUUCACCUCUACCGAAGGGGACCCGCUUGGGAGACGCAGCGCUCGGAGGGGAAGUACACAGGGAGGUGGAACCAGGUGUACGACCACUGGGACCUGCCUCUGAAGGACAUGAAAAUUUCCCUCCCAAAAAUGCAAUAACAGACCAAGAGAGGAGCCGACAGAUAGAGCAGCUGGAAUUUGAACUCAAGAAAAAGCGCAAAAAAUGUGAAAACCUUGAGCAUGAAGUGAGGAAAAAGCAUAAAAGAUGCAAAGAACUGGAGAUCCAGCUGCAGGAGGUACAAAGUGAAAAUGCACGACUGGCCGAAGAGAACUUGCAGCUGAACGAGAAGGCUGGAUGGGCAGGACAGGUUGAAUCUGAGAAUGCUGACCUGAAAUUGCAGGUUGUUUUGGUUACUAAGGAACGAGAUUCAGUAAUUCAAACGAAUCAAGGACUCCAAACCAAGCUGGAGAAUCUAGAGCAGGUGCUGAAGCACAUGAGAAAUGUGGCUGAGCGAAGGCAGCAGCUGGAAGUUGAGCACAAGGAAGCGCUGCUAGUCCUGCAGGAGAAGCAAGAAGAAGUCAGGCGGUUGCAGCAGGCACAGGCGGAGGCAAAAAGAGAACAUGAAGGAGCAGUGCAGCUUCUGGAGGCCCGGGUGAAAGAUCUGGAAGACCAGUGUCGCAGUCAAACAGAGCAGUUCAGUCUCCUGUCUCAGGAACUCAAACAAUUCCGGCUUCAAACAGGAAAAAUCGACCUUCUCACCUCUACGCUGGUGACUUCUGAGCUUCCUCUUGCUCUGUGUAGCUCUACCCCACAGCCCCACUGGGAGAAGGAAUCAACUGUUCCUGGAUUGCUCACUCAGCAGAGCACGAAGAAGGUUCACAAUGAAGAGAGUGAUGAGUUGGAGUCAUCACAGCAGGCGCCUGAUGCCACUGUUGGCUCCCCAGUUGCUGCUACCAGUGCUCAGAAACAAGCCAAGAAAGUGGAAUCUCAGUCAAAUUCUUCAAAAUCAGAAUCCAUGCAGAACAGUCCAAAGUCUUGCCCAACUCCAGAGGUGGACACUGCAAGUGAAAUGGAAGAGCUGGAUGUUGACAGCAUCUCUCUAAUGCCAGAGCCAGGCAGCCAAGGCCCUGCAAAGCUCCAGGUGUUCUUAGCUCGAUACAGCUACAAUCCUUUUGAGGGACCUAAUGAGAAUCCAGAGGCAGAGCUUCCACUGACUGCUGGAGAAUAUAUUUACAUCUAUGGAGACAUGGAUGAAGAUGGCUUCUUUGAAGGGGAGCUGAUGGACGGCCGGAGAGGGCUGGUCCCCUCCAAUUUUGUUGAGCGAGUUUCAGAUGAUGACCUCGUGACGUUUCUGCCUUCGGAGCUGAGUGAUCUCACCCAUAGUUCAUACCAGGAGAAAAGUUUUGUCAGUGCAAGCACCAGCAGUGGAGAUAAGAGUGAUUUCUCCAUUGAAGAGAGUAGCAUCAGUCCAUUGGCCAGUAAAGCAGAAGGAGACCAGGAGGAACCUGUUAGUCACACAGCAGUGCCUUACCCAAGAAAAUUGAAUUUGAUCAAGCAGCUUGCCAGAAGCAUAGUUGUAGGGUGGGAACCACCACUUUUGCCAGCCGGCUGCCCAGACAUACAAAGCUACAACAUCUAUGUGGAUGAAGAGCUACGUCAAAAUGUGAAGAGUGGCUUUCAGACCAAAGCAGUGAUUGAAAAGCUGGAUUUAAAGACAAAGGCUUACCGUGUGUCUGUGCAGACUGUAACAGAGCAAGGCAGUUCUGAUAAACUGCGAUGUACUUUCUUUGUGGGGCAAGAUUUUUGUGUGGCACCAACUAUGCUGAAAGUCAGAAGCAUCACUGCCACGUCAGCAGAGGUCACGUGGCUUCCCUGCAACAGCAAUUACAACCACGCAGUGUAUCUCAAUGGGGAGGAAUGUGACAUAACAAAACCUGGGGUCUACUGGUACACCUUCCGCAACCUGCAGCCGAGCACUGAGUAUGUGGCCAAGCUGGAGGCCCGGCCCUUGAAAACACCUUGGGAAGAGAUCCCAGAGGGGCAGGAGCAGAACUCAGCUGUGAUACACUUCACUACCCCACUAGCAGGCACACCUGAUGCUCCUUUGGAUGUCCAGGUAGAAGCUGGUCCCUCGCCAGGUAUUCUUGUUAUCAGCUGGUUACCUGUCACCAUUGAUGCUGAAGGAUCUUCCAAUGGAGUUCGAGUCACCGGUUAUGCAGUGUAUGCGGAUGGACAGAAGGCAAUAGAAGUUACUUCUCCAACAGCUGGGAGUGUCCUGGUGGACUUGUCCCAGCUUCAGAUGUUCCAGAUGUGCCGGGAGGUUUCUGUGAGAACAAUGUCUCUGUACGGGGAGUCAGUGGAUUCAGUUCCAGCCCAGAUUUCCUCAGUCUUGUUGCGAGCCUCUCACCACUCUUCACCUUUAGAUUCUGCUGUUUCUACAACUUCCACCUCUAGACUGCCCCGUGGAGAACCCAGGGGAUCUCUGCCUGUACGCAGCACACACAUGCACCAGACGGCUGCCCUCCUGCUUCAACAAAAAGUUCCCCCUGAUAGCUCAGAUGCCAAAUUGACUGAUCUCUCCGCCAGCCACGACGACUCACCGCGAUCUCUGCCAGAGAAAGCCUCUUCACCGCUGUACCUCUCCUCUCCCAGUGCUUCCUUGGUGCAGGUUUUAGGCACUUCCCCACAGGGACUGGACGCUGCACAAGACAAGAAAUGCCUGACUGUGCCUCCUCAGCAAGCUGGCAGCACGGUGCUCCCUGGUGAGGGCACGGAGCCUGUCCCUUCAAGGGAAGCAGAAUUGCAAGGCCUGGGCGAAGGGACGGAGGUGCAGAUGGAGCAAUCCAUAACCAAAGCGCCAGAGCUGGAAAGCCCAUCUAACAGUCUGAAGAUACGUAUGGAGGCCUGCCAUGCAUGCUCCAUGGAAGAGUCACCAAAAGGUCCCAGUGCUGAAAGAGAGAAAGAGGGAAAGGAGAGGCGCUUGAGCCCAGAGCUUCUGCCCUCCCUCAGCCAGGCUGAGGGGACAGAGGGCACCUUCAGAGAUGCAGGCGCGGGUGGGAGCAGCUGCCAGGAGUUCCUCAGGCUGUCCCCUGGCAAGGAGGUGAUGAAAGAAAUGUCCAGAGUGAAAAGAGAGCAAGAAGAAAAAAUGUCUGAAAUGGGAAGACGACAGCUGACCCUUUUUGCUGAGCACAACCGUAGUUCUGACCUUUCAGAUAUUUUGGAAGAGGAGGAAGAAGAUGAACUGUCUUCAGAAGCUCUUGAAGAGAAGAAAUGGGACCAGAGAGAGCCAUGUUACAGAGAGAAUGGGGAAAAGGUGGAUCUUUGUGAUACUGACAGCGAUGAGGAGAUUCUGGAGAGGAUACUGGAACUCCCACUUCAGAAGAACCACAGCAAGAAAUUGUUUAGUAUCCCUGAAGUGACUGAGGAUGAGGAUGAGGAUGAGGAUGAGCAGUGUGUUACGGAGGAAAAGGCAGACCCUCAAAACUCCUUGGAAAAGCUUACCUACCAUUCAGGAAGGACAGAGAAGCCGCUCAACAUCAAGGAGCCAUUUCUAAACACAGAUGGAAGUAGUACCUCCAUGGAUCUGUCUGCUCAGACUCUGCAGGAGCAUGGUGUAAAGGAGAGCAGAGGGGUUGCUGACCAUGCGAAUCCUGCCUUUGUCCAGCUGGCCUGGAGUCAGAAGAAGGCAAACUGGAACUGGGGCUACCAGGAGAGCGAUAUGAAGUCUGGGACUGGGGCAAGUCCUGCUUGGAGCAAGAAGAAGGGAAGUAAUUAUCGAGAGAAGACCCGGAGUCGGCCUGACAUGGGUAGGAAGAGACAGAAUGAUUUAACAGAGCACUGCAGUCGUCUGCUGGGCAACUGCAGCCAGAUGGGAGGUGGGUUAUACAGAGCUCCUAGUGUCAGGGAAGAGCUGAACAUUGUGAGCAGUGCUGGUGGUAAGGAAGGGUUUGAUAUGUACAGUCGUGCCAGACAAGGCACCUUACAAAAAAACCACAAGAAAUCAGUGGUUUCAGGGUUUGCAGAACCUGCUGUGAUGGCAACACACUGCUCCAGCCCCAGGAGCCUGGAAAUAGACAUUGAAUAUGACUCUGAAGAUGAUCAGGAUUCGACCUGUGCAUCCCCCCCUGAGAGCAGGCUGUGGGCAGAAAGGUCCCAGAGCUGUCAGGGGGACUGGAGUGAUUGCUCCAGUCAAUCUGAGGUUGCCCACACAGAUGGCAGAAGGGACCUGACCAGACUGGAGAUGAUGGAAGAGCAGGGUAUGGAGUGGGCUGGGUCUCCAAGCCGGCACCUGCGAUUCUUCUGCCAGGAGAAGGAAGCACUGAGAUGUGAGAGCAGUUCUGAGGAGCAGGGCUGGGAGCUGGACUGUAAGUCACCUGGCUGGAGAAGGAGGCUCGAACAUCCUUCGAAGGGGAUACGUAGCACCUCCUUGCACAAAAGGGCGUCUGGUAAUAAAGGUCCUAGGGGCCAGGAGCUGCCUGGUGCAGCCACCUGGCAGGGUCCCAGCAGAAGAAGGAACAAGAGCAUAAGAAGAAGCCAAAUGCAGAGACCUUUGCUCUCUAGUCCAGGUCCUCCAAGGAGCACUGCUUCAGAAACCUCUGUUAAAGAAGAUGGCGUUAGAAUAUUUGUGGCUCUCUUUGACUAUGAUCCCGUUUCUAUGUCUCCUAACCCUGAUGCAGCAGAAGAGGAGCUCCCAUUUAAGGAGGGACAGAUCCUGAAAGUAUGUGGAGACAAGGACGCUGAUGGCUUUUACAGGGGUGAAUGUGCAGGAAGGGAGGGAUACGUUCCCUGCAACAUGGUGUCAGAAGUCCAGGUGGAGAAUAAUGAAAUCAAGGAGCAGCUCCUAAAGCAAGGGUUCCUGCCUGCCGACACACCAAUGGAGAGCAUAGGACUGGAUAAAAAGGAGAAGUACAAAUCUCAUCCAGGCCAGAAGCAUCAGGACUUUGAAGCUGAACUGCUGACUCCUCGAAGUAUGGUGGCUGUCUUUGACUAUAACCCUAAGGAGAGCUCUCCAAAUGCAGAUGUAGAGGCUGAACUGACUUUCAGUGCAGGGGACAUUAUCACUGUGUUUGGGUCCAUGGAUGAUGAUGGAUUCUAUUAUGGAGAGCUGAACCAACAGAGAGGGCUUGUCCCAUCUAAUUUCCUGGAAGCUGUACCUUCAGAUGCAGGCGUGGUCCAGGAACUUCAUUCAACAGAUAAAGAAGCUUUUCCACUGAGUGCUGAGAGCCAGUUAAAUCCAGAUGGGUCUGUUGAUCAGAGCGACUCCUCACCAACUCUUCCUACUCUACCACCUUCCUGCCUUGUCAUGGGCGAACAGUGUCCAGAGCAGGCAUCACUGGCCGUUCUCAAACGCAGUGAUGUACCUGGUCAGAGUAAAAAGAAGAGAGGCUUCUUCUUCAAAGGAAAAAAGCUCUUCAAAAAACUUGGGUCCAGUAAGAAAAACUAACAAGGGAUUUAUUGUUCUGUGAAGACUGCCUGUGUGGUCCCCAUAGGGGCUGAAAAUUCAGGAGAAGCCCUCUGCAAUAAGCUGAUGAGGGUAUUUUCAUAGGGAAGUGUAUGUUGAAUAGAGGAAACUCUUCAGUGGGUCUGUGAGCUGUGGUCUCUGCUGAGAGCCCAGCCGUGGGUGCCCACCCAGCGUGGACAGUGGCUCUGAACGCAGAGUCGUGGCACUGGGGUGUGUGAGGCCUCAGCUCUGGGAUACAGCUGCCUCCGCAGUAGUGUGUCCUGUGCCAUGUAGCCCUCAAUGCACCGGUUCCCUGUAAAUAUUUUAAUUUAAAAAUUAUAUUCUGGCUGUAAGUUAGCUAAAUGGCUUUUCCCAGCAAAGACCCGGCCCCUUAGGAAGAGAUCCCUUGUACUACACACCCCGAUAUUCCUCUGGUCCGGAGGAGGUUGUGUCAACUCCUUCACUUCCUGCAAAGAAAAUCUGCACUUUUCUGUUCCCAUGAAUCCCCUUUGCUGUCUCUGGGCUGACGAGUGAGUUAUUUGUACUGUAAACUUGUAAAUACGCAGCUGUGCCUAGGAGCAUCCCACACUGCCUCAGUCACAUUCCAGCACGAGGAUUCCCGUGGAAGGAGGAGCGGUACCCUGCGGGGGGGGCAAUACUUCUGCCUAUAGGGUGGGCUGCUGUAAGCUGUUCUUGGCUGGUUCACCUUGACCACAUGCUGGCUGGGGACUCCGCCUUAUUUAUUUAUCUAUUUAUUUAUUUAUUUGUCGUCUGCCUCUUCUGCAGUUUUAUUUGGCUGUUUCAGCGGGCUGCUCCUGCGUCGGAGCAUCGGGAGAGCAGAGCUGGGGAUGGAGAGUUUGCAGCUAUUUUCAUAUGAGAUGAUGUGUUCCCUGAGUUAAGACACAUCCCUUUCUAAGCCACGGAGAGUUUUGUACUACAUGGUUUCUAUCCUUUUCAGUGCUUCUUUCUUUGCAUGUUUCAGUGGGGUACUUGUUUGGAGAAGGACAGUUACGUGAGGUACGUGAAUGAUGCCAGCACAGUGUCCACGAGUGUUGGUGAUACGGUGUGUUUUUAUUUAAUAUCAAAUUUUAUUAUAAUAAAGUCUAUUUUCACAAAAAUACAUUUUCCUUAAAAAAGCAAAA